CCCCUUUAUUCCUUAGUGCGAAUUUCUAAGCACGCUUCGGUAUGCAGUGCGGCCGAAGAAACGAAACAUGUCAUGUUUGAGGCACCUGACACCUCUUAUUGGACAACUCGGGUCAUCCCAUCUUUUGAGAUGCCCAAGCUUCGCUGCUACCCCUGCUCGUCACGGCAACUCGACCACUCUAACUCUGUGAUUUUAAGUCUACUCGGUCUCAUGAUCGGAAGAAGUUUGCUCAGUGCGGAAGGUUAAGAGAGAAAAGGUUCGUAUUAGUGGGCAAGUGGUGUUGCCGUGCAUAUCCCGAAUGUGCAGUUAGUUUGAGAUUCUGCGAGCAGUGGUAGUUAGCUUAAAUAUCUUAGGGUCCUCUGCUCUUCUCAUGUUGAGUGCUAUUCUCUGCAGUGUUACCAGUGUCAUCGUAUCGAAGCAGCGUCUCGUUAUCUCAGCCGAAUUAGCCAGUACUAGUCCGUACACGAUCAUCAAGGGUCAGGAAUCAAGAUGAAGUUCAGCACCAUCGCCGUCUACUUCUCCGCCUUUGUGGGAGGCUCUCUAGCUGCCGCUCUCAAUGAGCGUCAGGCACCGCCUGCACCCGGCCCCGCACCCCCGACUCCCAAGGUCAUCCCCGUUGUCGUCGGUAGCCCAACCCGUGAGAAGUCUCUGCUGUUCUACCCCGAGGUCGUGAAGGCAAACCCCGGCGACAUUGUCCAGUUCCAGUUCUGGCCCAACAACCACACAGUUACUCAGGCCGCCAACCCCCAGGCCCCGUGUAAUCCUCUUCAGGAUAUGAUGCCGAAUGCCGUUCACUCUGGUUUUAUCCCGGGCGUCACCGACGGCUCUCCAGUCGGCACCUUCAACGUACAGGUUGAGAAUACUGAGCCAAUGCUCAUGUACUGCGCUCAAGGCAUGCACUGCCAGCUUGGCAUGGUUAUGAUCAUCAACCCUAAGGCUGAUGCCGAUGUGCAAGCGUAUAAGAUGGCCGCCAAGGGGUCACAAAUGAACUUUCCUGCCAAGAAUGUGGCCGGUGGCUCCGCGGGCAGGAUUCCCUCAAAUUUGGCUGUUCCGCCUGUUGUUUAGAGCGAAGGGGGCAUUCGUAGCGGCUGAUUUUUUUAAUGCACUUAAAUCCAACCAACUACAAACUGUAGCCUUUGUUGUUUACACGCUCGCUUGUAGACACCUACUAGGAUCGGCGGACGGAUGCACUUGAACCAGGGGGUGGCACUGCUGAUGCGGGUUGUCGGCUAGAGCUUUGAGGUUUUGCGUACGCGGAGUUUGGUUGGCUAGAUAUUCAAGGAUGAAGCGUCGAAUCAAGAGACUACGUUGUUAAAAUGCAUCCGAACAAACUAUGACGAGGAAGCGAUGUGCGGUAGGGGCUUGUGCAAGCUAUCAUCGGUUCCCAUUUGACACGGAAUUAGGUCAGAAUUGAACCGAGUCAGCCCGCAUGUUUUCCAACCAGAGCAGCUCGCAAUAAUGAAC